UGGGUCAUCCCCGGAGCCGGCCCCCGGACGCUCCCGCUAUAAGGCCGCCCGACUGCGACACAGCCCGUGCCCUCGACUGCUCUCUUCCCUCUUCGCUGCCUCCUUUGCGCUCCAAGCCCAGCCCUCAGCUAUGGCAUGCCCUCUGGACCAGGCCAUCGGACUCCUUGUAGCCAUCUUCCACAAAUACUCCGGCAGGGAGGGUGACAAGAACACCCUGAGCAAGAAGGAGCUGAAGGAGCUGAUCCAAAAGGAGCUCACCAUCGGCCCUAAGCUGCAAGAUGCCGAAAUUGCAAGGCUGAUGGAAGACCUGGACCGGAACAAGGACCAGGAGGUGAACUUCCAGGAGUAUGUCACCUUCCUGGGGGCCUUGGCUUUGAUCUACAAUGAAGCCCUCAAGGGCUGAAACUCCCUCUAAGGGGCCUGAGUCAAAUCCAGUUGUGGGUAAUUGUAUAAUAAAUAUUUUUUGGGGGGUCAAAUUUA